UGGGCCACUGCCCAGGGGCUUUGUGGCACGUAGGUCGGGAUGGUAUUCCGGCCAGGGGUCAGGAUUCUUGGGUUCUGUGGUGGGCAUGGUCCUGAUGCCUCAGUGUCCCCUCUCUGGGCUGGGCUUCCUGCCACCUGGCUGCUCUGGGGCCUGUAUGCUUUGAGACCAGGUUUCGAGCUCUUCUCACUGACCUUUCCCCUCCGCUUCCUGGGGUUUCCUCCCUCUCCAGAGAUGCCCUGUAUCCAAGCCCAAUAUGGGACGCCAUCACCAAGCCCAGGACCGCGUGACCAUCUGGCAAAUGAUCCCCUGACCCCCGAGUUCAACAAGCCCACUAUGGACCUGGCCAGCCCUGAGGCGGCCCCCGCUGCCCCCACUGCGCUGCCCAGCUUCAGCACCUUCAUGGAUGGCUACACAGGAGAGUUUGACACCUUCUUCUACCAGCUCCCAGGAACAGUCCAGCCAUGCUCCUCGGCCUCCUCCUCGGCCUCUUCCACAUCCUCAUCCUCGGCCACCUCCCCUGCCUCUGCCUCCUUCAAGUUCGAGGACUUCCAGGUGUAUGGCUGCUACCCUGGCCCCCUGAGUGGCCCACUAGAUGAGACCCUGUCCUCCAGCGGCUCUGACUACUAUGGCAGCCCCUGCUCGGCCCCGUCACCGUCCACGCCCAGCUUCCAGCCUCCCCAGCUCUCUCCCUGGGACGGCUCAUUCGGCCAUUUCUCACCCAGCCAGACUUACGAAGGCCUACGAGCAUGGACAGAGCAGCUGCCCAAGGUGUCUGGGCCCCCACAGCCUCCAGCCUUCUUCUCCUUCAGUCCCCCCACCGGCCCCAGCACCAGCCUGGCCCAGAGCUCCCUGAAGUUGUUCCCCUCGCAGGCCGCUCGCCAACUGGGGGAGGGAGAGAGCUAUUCCAUGCCAACAGCUUUCCCAGGCCUGGCGCCCACCUCCCCACACCUUGACGGCUCAGGGAUACUGGAUGCGCCUGUGACCUCAGCCAAAGCCCGGAGCGGGGCCCCAGGUGGAAGUGAGGGCCGCUGUGCUGUGUGUGGGGACAGCGCUUCAUGCCAGCAUUACGGUGUCCGCACCUGCGAGGGCUGCAAGGGCUUUUUCAAGCGCACAGUGCAGAAAAACGCCAAGUACAUCUGCCUGGCUAACAAGGACUGCCCUGUGGACAAGAGGCGGCGAAACCGCUGCCAGUUCUGCCGCUUCCAGAAGUGCCUGGCUGUGGGCAUGGUGAAGGAAGUUGUCCGUACAGACAGCCUGAAGGGGCGGCGGGGCCGAUUACCUUCAAAACCCAAGCAGCCCCCGGAUGCCUCCCCUGCCAAUCUCCUCACCUCCCUGGUCCGGGCGCACCUGGACUCUGGGCCCAGCGCUGCCAAACUGGACUACUCCAAGUUCCAGGAGCUGGUGCUGCCCCGCUUUGGGAAGGAAGAUGCCGGGGAUGUGCAGCAAUUCUACGACUUGCUCUCCAGUUCCCUGGAGGUCAUCCGCAAGUGGGCCGAGAAGAUCCCUGGCUUUGCCGAGCUGUCACCGGGUGACCAGGACCUGCUGUUGGAGUCAGCCUUCCUGGAGCUCUUCAUCCUCCGCCUGGCCUACCGGUCCAAGCCAGGCGAAGGGAAGCUCAUCUUCUGCUCCGGCCUGGUGCUGCACCGGCUGCAGUGUGCCCGAGGCUUCGGCGACUGGAUUGACAGCAUCCUGGCCUUCUCCAGGUCCCUGCACAGCUUGGUUGUCGACGUCCCUGCCUUCUCCUGCCUGUCUGCUCUGGUCCUCAUCACAGAGCGGCACGGGCUGCAGGAGCCGAGGCGGGUGGAGGAGCUGCAGAACCGCAUUGCCAGCUGCCUGAAGGAGCACGUGUCCGCCAUGGCUGGCGAGCCCCAACCGGCCGGCUGCCUGUCACGCCUGCUGGGCAAACUGCCCGAGCUGCGGACCCUGUGCACCCAGGGCCUACAGCGCAUCUUCUACCUCAAGCUGGAGGACCUGGUGCCCCCUCCACCCAUCAUCGACAAGAUCUUUAUGGACACGCUGCCCUUCUGACCCCAGCCCGGGAACACGCGUGCACACUUGUGUGCACUCUCAUUUGCCGCCCCAUGUGCCUUUAGCCCACGGACCCCCAGAGCACCCCCAAGCCUAGGCCUGAGCCGCAGCCUGGGCCACCUUCUCGCCUGCUCCAGGAGGUUGGCAGGGAGCUCAAGCCCCGGGGGAGGGGGUGCAUUCCUGGGGGUGACCCCACUAUUUGUCUUACCCCCCAGCCCAGCCCUGGCCUUCAUGUUUUUUGUAAGUAAACUGUUUUUAACACACACUGCCAUGCUGUACAUAAGCUGGAUGACGCUGUAAAUAUAGGAAGGAAGAGGUUGAGGUGGGAGUGGGGGUUGGAAGGAAGGGACGGGCCCCCCACUGGCCUGGGCAGGCCUCUCCAGCCUCCUCCUGCUGGCGCUCUCUUCCCACCCUCCUUCCACGUGUACAUAAACUGUCACUCUAGGAAGAAGACAAAUGACAGAUUCUGACAUUUAUAUUUGUGUAUUUUCCUGGAUUUAUAGUAUGUGACUUUUCUGAUUAAUAUAUUUAAUAUAUUGAAUAAAAAAUAGACAUGUAGCUG